AUGCUUCGAUUACACAAUCGACAAAUUAGGCCGGUGUCAAGGGCACUGGCUCCUCAUCUCACUCGGGCUUAUGCCAAAGAUGUAAAAUUUGGUGCAGAUGCCCGAGCCUUAAUGCUUCAAGGUGUAGACCUUUUAGCCGAUGCUGUAGCUGUUACUAUGGGGCCAAAGGGAAGAACAGUGAUAAUUGAACAGAGCUGGGGAAGUCCCAGAGUAACAAAAGAUGGUGUGACUGUUGCAAAGUCCAUUGACUUAAAAGACAAAUAUAAAAAUAUUGGCGCCAAAUUUGUUCAAGAUGUUGUCAAUAAUACAAAUGAAGAAGCUGGUGAUGGCACCACCACUGCUACUGUGCUGGCAGGUGCUAUUGCCAAGGAGGGUUUUGAGAAGAUUAGUAAAGGUGCUAAUCCAGUGGAGAUCAGGAGAGGUGUGAUGUUAGCUGUUGAUGCUGUAAUUUCUGAACUUAAGAAACAGUACAAACCUCUGACAACCCCUGAAGAAAUAGCUCAGGUUGCUACAAUUUCUGCAAAUGGAGACAAAGAAAUUGGCAACACAAUUUCUGAUGCAAUGAAAAAGGUUGGAAGAAAGGGCGUCAUCACAGUAAAGGAUGGGAAAACACUGAACGAUGAAUUAGAAAUUAUUGAAGGCAGGAAGUUUGAUCUAGGUUAUAUUUCUCCAUACUUUAUUAAUACAGCAAAAGGUCAGAAAUGUGAAUUCCAAGAUGCCUAUGUCCUACUGAGUGAAAAGAAAAUUUCUAGUGUUCAGUCCAUUGUACCUGCUCUUGAAAUUGCCAAUGCUCACCGUAAGCCCUUCGUCAUAAUUGCUGAAGAUGUUGAUGGAGAAGUUCUAAGUACACUUGUUUCGAAUAGUCUAAAAGUUGGUCUUCAAGUUGUAGCAGUCAAAGCUCCAGGUUUUGGUGACAAUAGAAAGAACCAGCUUAAAGACAUGGCUAUUGCUACUGGGGGUGCAGUGUUUGGAGAAGGAUUAACUCUCAAUCUUGAAGAUGUUCAGGCUCAUGACUUAGGAAAAGUUGGUGAGGUCAUUGUGACCAAAGAUGAUGCCAUGUUCCUGAAAGGAAAAGGUGACAAGGCUCAAAUUGAAAAACGUAUUCAAGAAAUCAUUGAGCAGUUGGAUGUCACAACUAGUGAAUAUGAAAAGGAAAAACUAAAUGAACAUCUAGCAAAACUCUCAGAUGGGGUAGCUGUGCUGAAGGUUGGUGGGACAAGUGAUGUUGAAGUGAAUGAAAAGAAAGACAGAGUAACAGAUGCCCUCAAUGCUACAUGAGCUGCUGUCGAGGAAGGCAUUGUUCUGGGAGGGGGUUGUUCCCUGCUUCGGUGCAUUCCACCCUUGGACUCUUUAACUCCAGCUAAUGAAGAUCAAAAAUUUGGUAUAGAAAUUAUUAAAAAAGCACUCAGAAUUCCUGCAAUGACCAUUGCUAAUAAUGCGGGUGUUGAGGGAUCAUUGAUAGUUGAGAAAAUUAUGCAGAGUUCCUCAGAAGUUGGUUAUGAUGCUAUGCUUGGAGGUUUCGUGAAUAUGGUGGAAAAAGGAAUCAUUGAUCCAACUAAGGUUGUAAGAACUGCUUUAUUGGAUGCUGCUGGAGUGGUCUCUCUGUUAACAACAGCAGAAGUUGUAGUCACAGAAAUUCCGAAAGAAGAGAAAGACCCUGGCAUGGGCGGCAUGGGCGGAAUGGGAGGCGGUAUGGGAGGUGGCAUGUUCUAGUCCUGGAAUAGUGCUUUACCAUUAGUACUGAGAACUGUGAGAGGAAGCUC